AUGAUAUGGUUAUUAUCAUUUUGUGGAUGGAUUAGCUUACUUUCACCAUUACCUUUCUCCAUAUGGUACUAUAUUAUAGGUGAUGGUAUCAGGAGUUUUAAUCAGUCAAUCGUUAUGUGUCAUAUGUUCCAAACGACAAUGGAAGCUUUACCACAUACGAUGGACACAAUGAUGACAUUGUUUAGCAUACUUCUUGCUGGUGGAAG